UGAGAUACCCUGUCUAAAAUGGAGGACAUGUCAAUGGUUCAGACACUGAUGAUUUGGAAAGAUGGCGUGACUUUCAUGGAAGAAGGAAACUUUCAAGAUGCGCUUAUGAACUUUAUGGCUUUAGAGGGGAGAACAGACUCUUCUCAGCAUCUUAUCACUUCAGGAAGAAAUCUGUUCAACAUUGGACAAACUUACGUAGCUCUUGGGAGAAUGGAUAUGGCGGCAAAGGAAUGAGAAAGCACUAACGAGCUAUGAUAAUGCUUACUUCUAUUUGCGUGGAAACAGAUUGAUUAAUUAUCAACAACUAGGACUAAAGGCUAAACUCUACUUAUGUGAGAUCCUCACCAACAGGGCCAUUGCCCGCUCCAGGUUAGGUGAUUUUCAAGAAGCUAAAAAUGAUUUUUUGAUGGCUUUACAAUCCAAGGUGGAACCUAGACACGGUGUAAUUGAUGACCAUCUUCUCUGUUGGCAGUCUGGACAAAAUGUAGAACCCAUGAAGAUGCCAUCAAAUGCAGUCUUUCAGCCACAGAAACGCCAUAUUGAUGCCAUUAGCGAAAAGCGUGAUUUCUUGGGACAAUCCAAGGUUGUCGCUGAAAAUGAAGUCACAAGAUUUCCCAGUACUCGCCUUAGAACCUCCACGACUCAGCCUCCAUCCCCGGGUCUUCUGAAAGAUGUAGAAAAUGAGCAAUCUCCUGAACAGCAAAUCCCUGCAGCUGGACGGGUGGCUUCAGGAAGACACGCAUUAUUAAACGACUUGAGGAAAAAAGAAACUCGUCGUUCAUUGAAGAAAGUCUCUUCUCGGAUAGAACCACCGAGGAAGCCGCUUCCAGGCCUUCCCGACAGGCCAGAGAGUCCCCGUCGACCCCCACCUUCUCCGCGUGCAUCUCAUACCCCGAGAUUUCUGGCUGAAUCUCGUUCCCCGCUGCCUCACAAGAGGCCUGUAAUUCAAGCAGAGAAUAGACGAGCGCAAUCUGCAUUUGAAAUGAAACCCCCUUCCAAGCCCCUACCUCCAGCUCCAAAAUCUAAAAGCCCCCUUCCUACAAGAAAAAUAUCGAUGCCAGCUCAAUUCAAACAAGAACGUGACGUCACGGUCAAGUUUCAGUUGGUUCUCACGCGAUCUGUGAAAGUGGACCAAUCAGCCUCGGCCCAGGACCUUCUGAGAGCCGCGGCCAAUACAUUUAAAAUGUCCGAAGAUUCAUUUGCAUUAUGGUACACGAAGGACAAUCAGCUCAGCUCUCUCCAAGAGCAGAAUGUGAAAGAAUUACUCCAGUCGCCAACGGAGCAAACGGUGUUCUGUUACGAAAACAAACCCGAGUGAUGAACGUUUUUUCACUGCAAUUUACGUGAGCUAAUUGAUAACUCUGUCAGUCACUACUCAUUUUUAAAGAGUCAUUUUUAAACAGUUAUGUAAGGUAUAUACUUUUUUUUUUUUUUAAUUAAACUGCUCCAAGGGCGAGUCAUUGUGAUAUCAAAGAUAAUCAUUUCUUGCGUGCGUGUGGUACAUUAUACAUACAUUUUCUGUUUGAUAAAUUUCAAGUCUUGUUUUGUGCAGCACACCACACAGUUGUGACAGACACUUGAAGUAGACUUUCACUUAAGGGAACUGAUCGGUAAGAUAAGUUGUUUAAAGAUUAUCUAUGAGGUACAGCUAUUUAACAUUUCUGUCAUCGAGGGAAUAAUCUCGAAAAUUUUUUACAUCUCGCGCCUCUGGGUCGUGAUUUUUACACACUUAUCUCGUGUUCCUCCAAUUAAUGUUAUUAACACCCCGCAUAGGUUAUUCUGCCGGUACUAAAAAGUAAAAAGUGCGGUCUAGAGGUGGUUUGCAACCAAUCUCUAGAGACAGUCAACAGUGGUGAAAGGAACAA